CACAAUUAUGGCCCAGUUCGACUUGUUGGGACCGCUCGUGAAAAUUUUGGUCAAUCGUUCUGGAUUCGGAAAAGCCAGUGUUUGGCACGCCGUGAUCGUGACCUUUCUGCACUUCUUUUCCUGGGGUCUGCUUACCGUGCCCUUUAUUGACAAAAUCUCGGGGUAUUUUGGUAAUCAGGCCCUUCUCGUCGAUGGAUUGGUCUAUGGAGGCCGUGGGCUCUUGGGCUUUGUGUCCACUCCAGUGAUGGGCGCCAUUUCUGAUUUCCGCGGCCGGAAAGUAGUGAUGCUACUGGCGGUUGUAGGUAACUAUUUACCAAUUCCAUUUAUGCUGAUGGAGGGGUGGUUGUUCUUCGUUAUACUUACUGUAAGCACAAUAUCUGGUGCACCUUACUCUGCGUGCUUGGCCUACGUGGCGGAUGUGACCAAUGUUGAGAACCGUUCAAAGGGAUACGGCUACGUGGCAGCCAGCUUUGGUGCCGGCAUAGCAUUUUCACCAUUUUUGGGAAAUUACCUGAUGAAGUCCUUUGGAUCAGGUUCAGUUAUUUUGAUAGCAGCUAUCACAGGAAUAAUAAAUAUUUUGUUUCUAAUUUUUGGAGUGCCGGAGAGUUUGGUUUUAAAGGAAACUACCUUAAUGUUGGACAAAAAGCAUCUUAAGGAAGAUUGGAACAAGAGAAUGGAAGAAGUUGACGCGCAAAACUCAGCCAUAAACCCAAAAGAAAAGAAACAGAUUCUAGAGGUGCAGAAAGAAGGACCGGCAGAAUGUUUAAACGAAAAAAGCGAAAGUGUACACCAAGAAAUUAUCUUAAACCCUAAUAAGAUUGAGGAACAGCAAAAGGAAUCUGAAGGGACGACAAAUGGUAAUACCACGCUGAAACCUUCUGAUCUUUGGGCAGUACUACGUAAAAGUAGUAAGGAUAAAAACCUGUUAGUUAUAUACCUUAUAACAUUCCUAUCAUGUUUGCCAUUUGCGGGAAUAGAUGCAACUGCGCCGGUAUAUCUGAAAACCAACAUGGGAUUCCAAUAUGAGGAGAUGUCCAUGAUGCUCGGAUUGCUCUCUAUCAUAGCGAUCUCAUCAAAUAUCCUGAUGGGUUAUAUAAUGAAUCUAGUUGGUGCCAGGUUGUUGAUUAGGCUGGGAUUACUAUUCCUUCUGUCGCAACUUUUGUUCUUUGGUUUCGGAACCCAGCAUUGGAUGUUCUGGAUGAGCAGCAUAUUGGCCGCCAUGGCCACUAUAAUACCAGCCGCGUAUAAUGCAGUGGCUUCGAUUUAUGCCAGUCCUGAAAAUCAAGGAGCUGUUCUGGGGAUCAUCUCUGGAAUUGAGUGUCUGAGCGAGGGUAUCGGACCCGCUUUAUUUGGAGUACUCUUCUACAUUUUCCAGGAGGAUUCAAAGGAUACUUUUACAGUAAUAUCACCAAUUCCAAUGCCCUUUUUCAUAAGUGGCAUUGGGGUUGCAGUGGCCAUUAUCCUCACCGCUUUAAUUUCGAAGCAGACCCUUGAAACGGAAAGUAAUGAGGAGGUGACAAGAUUAUAAUUCCAAAAACUUUUUGUUAUAACUCUCUAUAAACGUUAAUAUAUUUGUUAAAUAAACCUCAAAGGUAUUUUAUUAAGAAAUAUAUUUUUUUAGACGCCGUGCCGUGCGUUGUCGUCA